AUGAUGUCCACCCCAUCAAUGGCAAUAAAAUCUCAUCAAGUCGGUCGAUUGCUGAUUGGCGGAGGGUAUAAGCUUAAUUCGGGGUUUGAAAUUCCAAUGAUCGGCAUGGGAUGCUCAAGGAACAUUGAAAAGCUCGACGAAAGCGUUGAAGCUGCCCUCAAAUGUGGCUAUCGGCUCUUCGAUACCGCUAGAAUUUACAAUAAUGAGGACAUCCUUGGAGCAUCACUAAAGAAACACAUGACCGCGCUGAGCAUUCCACGUGAAGACAUCUUUAUCACCACCAAGGUUCCCAUUACAAAUGACUCCGCUGCUGAGUCGGUGGACAAGUAUAUUGAAGAAUCAUUAGCCAAACUUCAAGUGAGCUAUCUCGACCUGGUGCUAGUUCAUUAUCCCCGUGAUCGCGACACAGGAAUCGAUGAAGCUAAAGAAAUAAAUGAGCUUAAUCGUCGCCUUGUCUAUCAGAAGCUCGAGCAUUACUGCGACAAAGGAAUAAUCCGCUCAAUCGGGGUGUCGAAUUACGAAGUACUUCACUUAUUCGAACUAUUCAAGUACUGCCGUAUCCCGCCAGCCGUUAACCAGAUUGAAUAUCAUCCGUAUUGUACGAAACCGCAGGUCGUCGAUGUUUGCCGAACUAAUAACAUAUUCGUGCAGGCGUAUUCAAGUCUAUGCUGGGGAAACAAAGACAUUCUUCAAGAGGAUAUUGUUGUAAAACUAUCGGAAAAAUACAACGUUCCACCCCAGAUAGUUCUUCUACGGUUUGGUGUCAGCUCGGGUGUUGGAAUUAUUCCAAAAUCAGCAACUCCAUCACAUAUUGAACAAAAUCUUUGUGCUACUGCCCAACUGUCGUUUGUGCCACAAGAACUUGAUGAGCUCAAGAAACUCGAUAGAAACCAGCAGUUCUGCCCAAAUUGUUACCCAUGGCGGGUUCUUUAA